GUCAGACAGAAUUAUCCACCAUUGACGAUACAAGAUAAUUCAGCUUUGUUGUUUUAUUUGCACCUAAAGAAGCAAGAGACAGAUGUGACAAAAUUUCCUCUGUGCAUCACCUUUGCUGAUGUACAUGAGGAAACACAUUGCAACAUGUUUGUUGAUACAUAUCAACAAGACGAAACAACAGGUGGGAUGCAAGUAGCCAUACUGUCAGCUGAAGAAAGCUCAACAAUCAGUGACGAGUUGGAUAUUUCUGGUUAUAUAUUACAUUGGGCAAAUAAAACAACUGAUGCUCUACUACAAGACAAAUGGGCGAAGUCAGAUUUAAUAAAGUGCAACAACAGUGAUGUAGAUCCUGAAGAAGGACUUAUUUACAUCAAUUGUGCUGAGUUGAAGAAAGCAUUGAAGUUGUAUGCUAUAAAAAAUCACUUCCAGUACCGGACAGAUAAGUCAAACAAGAAAGCUUUUGUGGCAAAAUGUUUGGAUGAAGAAUGCAAAUGGAGGAUGCGAUCAAGAAGAACAGGAACGUUAGGAAGGUUUAUUGUUACCAAGUUUAUUAAAACACAUUCUUGCAAGUUGGAAGUAAGAUUAACUGAUCAAAGACAUGCAACAGCUAGUUUGGUAGCAGACUGCAUUAAGGCUAAAUUAUUGGAUCCUAAAACGUCAUAUAAUGCAACGGAUAUACAAAGAGAUAUGUUACAGGAGUAUGGUGUUGAAAUAAGCUACCUGAAAGCUUGGAGAGCAAAGGAAAAAGCACUCAAUAAGCUGAGAGGAAACCCAGAAGAGUCCUACAAUUUUCUGCCACACUUCUUCAACAUUGUGAAACAAACAAAUCCGGGAUCGUAUCUGCAACUCAAAGUUAAUGAGGACAACACUUUCUUAUACGCAUUCAUGGCAAUGGACGCAUCAAUUAAAGGAUGGCAGCAUUGUAGACCAGUUAUUGUAGUUGAUGGCACGUUUCUCACUGGGAGAUAUGGGGGCACACUGUUGACAGCAUCAACACAAGAUGCAUGUGGUAAAAUAUUUCCACUUGCAUUCUCUAUUGUUGAUUCUGAAAAUGAUGACUCUUGGAAAUGGUUUUUCAGAAAUUUUAGGGAAGCUUUUGGCUAUAAGAAUGGAGUGGUAAUCGUUUCUGAUAGACAUGAGAGCAUUGCAAAAGGUGUGGAAGAAGUGUAUCCAGAAUGUAGCCAUGGGGUAUGCAUUUACCAUCUGUUUAACAACCUCAAGACCAAGUUUAAAAGGAAAACAAAAAAAAUGAAAGACAGUUAUUUUGAAGCUGCAAAAGCAUACACCACAGAGGAGUUUGAUAGCCACAUUGAGGAACUCAAGAAAAUUGAUGAGGACAUAGUCCCAUAUCUGUAUGGAGUUGGCUAUGAAAAAUGGACAAGAGUUUUCUCAGGCUCCAGAAGGUACUCAAUAAUGACUUCUAACAUAGCUGAAUCACUGAAUGCCGCAAUAAAGAAGAUAAAAAAUCUGCCAAUAACAGCAUUGCUACAGUUCUUACAUGCAUUGGUACAAAUGUGGACUUUUGUGAACAGAAAACUUGCAAGGAAUACUUUCACUCAACUUGCAAAAGUUCCUCAUGAAACACUGCAGCAGAACUACAUGAAAUGUGCUAAGCUAAAGGUGGUUCCUUCUAAUGAAGCAAUAUUUAGUGUUUAUGAAAUGAACAAAUGCUUCAUUGUUAACCUGGAGGAAAAGAAGUGCACUUGCAGGAAGUUUCAAAUUGAUGAGUUGCCAUGUAUUCAUGCCUUGGCAGUUCUCAAAAAAAUGAACCAUGAACCAUACAAAAUUUGUUCAUCUUACUACUCAAAGGAGACAAUGCUGCAAACAUAUAAAGAGACUGUGCAUCCAAUUCCAGAUCAGAGCACAUGGAAAAUGGACAGUAGUAAUACAAAAGUGAAGAUUUAUCCACCACAUGGAAGGAAAAAAGCCGGAAGGCCAAAGAAACAGAGAUAUAAAGCACAAUGGGAGAGUACAAGUACAAAUAAAUGUGGGAAGUGUGGAACAAAAGGACACAAUAGAAAGACAUGUAGGAAUGCACCCCAAAAGUAGAAAAGUUUAUGUUGGUUAGGAUAUGUUUUCCAAUACCUCUUAAUUCUCUGUUUAAAGACAAUUAUAUUAUGCCUCUUAAUUCUCUGUUUAAACACAAUUAUA